AUGGCCUGGGUAUCAUGGAAGAAAAUGUCAGUCUCAAAACAACAGGGAGGGCUUGGAUUCCGGGAUCUUCAACAAUUUAACCAAGCCUUGCUUGCUAAUCAAUACUGGAAGAUAGCACACAGACCAAAUAGUCUCUUAUUUCGGGUCCUGAAGAACAGAUACUUUAGGAAUGGAUCAAUUUGGAAUGCUACAAAAGGGCACCAAGCUUCAUAUGGAUGGCAAUCACUGUUAUAUGGAAAAGAAUUACUUAGUCAAGGAUACCAAUGUGGUAUUGGCAAUGGAUCAGAAUUCAGAAACCUUAUUGAGCGACCCGUGGUUACCUACAAUACCUCCUCGCUCUCCUUUACUACUCCCGUAUACAAAUCCAACAUUGAAAGUGGAUUGCUUGAUCAACAAGGAAACAACAGUGGAAUCUUGAAGUGCUAG